AAAUUAUGGCAUCUAUCAAUUAUUUAACUUUAAGGCCAGAAUAAGCUUAUAAAAUUUAUGAUGGUACACUAACUCCAUGAAUAAAUUUAGACUACGUUAAGGAAGGAAAGAAUAAUGAUGCAUUAUUGAUCCUAUUUAGAUAUUUAUCUAGUUUUGGUUAAAGAACCAGAAAAACUACAACAUCCUAUCAAGAUUAAGGAGAUGUGAGUGUAGCAAGCAAUAUUUAAUAUCUUUAUAAAUUAAUGGUAAAAUAAUUAAAGAAUUUUUUAGCAAGCUUAUAUUGAUUUAAGAUUAUUUGUUGGAGUCAAUUAACCAGAUGAAUAGAAUUAAUUGAAAGAGGUUUUCAAGGCAUAUAGACAAAUGACAUAACAUAAUCACUUUGAUGCUUUUGCAGAUAUUUUGAAAGAAUAUUUAGUAAAAGUAGAAAAGAUUUUUAGUGAUAAAGUUAAAUAAUAUGAUGUAGAAGAAGUAUAUAUACAAUUAAAUUAUUGUAGCUUAAAAAGUUACCAUUUGUUGGAUAAUUAUCAUAUGAAGAGCCAGCUGAAGAAUUGUUGUACCUUUCUUUUGAUCCUGAAGCUAAAUAAUAGAAGGAUCAAUAAAAAUCAUGUUUAAGGUUAUUAUGGGAAACGUAUAGAACAGUGAUGGAGAAUGUAAAAUGGAAUGAGAAAUUAGAAGAUGUUUAUUUUGAAAUUUUAAAGAAAGUGAGCGAAUUUUGUUUGAAAUAUAAACGUAAGGCUGAGUUUUAAUGGUUCUGUGAUUAAACAAAUAGGUUAUUUAUAUAUUUGAUAGAUUUAUAGAUUUGUUUUAGAUUUAAAUGAAAGAGAAUUAGACACAAAACGAAAUCCUACUCAUGUAGAUUUGACUAAACCAGCUACAAAUGAUAAACAUGUAAAUGCUAUAUUUGAUAUUGUUAAAACAGCAAUGGCUUUAGAUAUGUAAUCAGAAGCUUCAAAGACUUUAGAAACUGUUAUGGUACUUAAAUCAAUGAGAAGAGGUAAUUUUAAAGCAUCAUAUUUAAUGUUAUAUUAUGAUUUACUUUCCAAAAUAUUUUAGAAAUCUGGUAAUAGUUUGUUUUAAGCUUUUGCUUAUUAUAAUCAUUAUUUGGCAUUUAAAAAGAAACCAGUUUAAACAUAAGAAGAAAUUAAAAGUAAAAAUGCUGAAAUUAAUGAAAAAUUAUCUCAUUUAGUAUUGUCUGUAUUAGUAAUACCAUUAUUAAGUGGUGAUUUUAAUCCAAGAGAUAGAACAACUUCUUUAUUUGAAAAAGGAACUAAAAUACCAACAAGGGAAGAAUUAUUAAAAAUUCUAGGAGAAAUGAAUGCUGUCAAGUUUGUUCAACCAAUAAUAUAAAAAGUUUAUUUAUUGUUGGAAAAUUAAUAAGAUUUAUUAACAGUUUCUGAUUAAGCAAAUUAAGUUUUUACAGAAUUAAGAUAAAAUGAAAAAUAUUUAUUAUUUAUUCCUCAACUUGAAGAGAAUCUUGUUGGAUAAGUACUUAAAAGCAUCUCUAGAAUAUAUAGGACAAUUAAAUUAGAUCAAUUAAAAGAUUUAUUAAAAUUUACAAAUUCUGAAACUAUAUUUUAAACUUUGAUUUAUUCUAAUUCAAAUAAGUUUAUUAGUUGUAAAGUGGAUUUUUAAUCAUAAAUAGUUUCCUUUAAUUCUAACCAAAUAUCAAAUGAUUAAUAAAUAUUGCCAACAAUAUUAAUAAAUUUGUAACCUUAAAGAGUAAUUUAAGAUCCUAUUGAAUAAGCUAAAAAAUAACUUGAUUCAUCAAAUCUUGUUAUUUUAACAAGAUAAUAGACCUUAAAAAGUUUGAAUAGAUUAGCAGAUCCAGAUCUUAUUAAAAAGAAAGUUGAAGAAGAUAAUUAAAAGGUUAUAUAGGAAAUGAAAGAAUAAAGAAGAUAAGAUGAUGAAAGAAAAAAAUUUGAGUAAGAAAGAAUAGCUGAAAUGGAAGCAAAGAAGGCUAAAGAAAUAGCUAUUAGAUAAAAGUUAUUACAAGAUAUUAUUAAAUUAAAAGGAGGUAAAUAUGUUACAUUUGAAAUUAAUGGAGAAAGAAAAAAGAUUGAAUUAUUAAAGGAUUAUCAUUUAUUAAAUAUUGAUACGGGUAUUUUGUAGGAUAUUAAAAAGAAAUUUGAAGAAGAAGCAAAAAAAGGAGCUGAUGAUAAAUAUUUAAGAACAUUUAAAAAGAAUGAUUAUAUUGAAAGAGAAAGAGCAAUACUGGAAUCAAAGAUCAUAACUAGUUGGCCAGAAGAUAAUAUUGAAGAAACAUAAUAAAAGCAUCAAGAAUAAUAUCAAGCAAAUUUGAAAUUAAAAUAAAGUUUAACUGAUGCAUUUAAAUAUCAUGAUGAAAUUUUAGCAUAGAAAAGAUAAAUAAAAGAAUAAGAACUUUAACAAUAAAUUGAUUAAUUUAAAACUGAAAUAACUUAGAAAUUCAAAAAACAAAUAAUAUAAAAAGCAAGCUUAAUAAAAUAAGAAGAAGAAAAAAAAAAGGAAGAAGAAAGAAAAAAAGAAGAAGAAAGAAAAAAAGAAGAAGAAAAAAGAAAGGAAGAAGAAAAAAAAAAGAAAGAAUAAGAAGAUAAGGAUAGAGCUCCUAAAAUUCAAACAAAUAUAAUUAAUAGAAGUAAUAUAGUUUCGUAAAAUUAAUAAUAAUAAUAAACUUUAGAAUAAGUUCCUUAGUAAUAGGUACCAACAAGAAAUAAUGGAGGAUUUAUUAAUUCAAGAAUUUCAAAUGAGCCAUAAAGCAAACCAGCAAUUCAAUAUUCCAGAAAUACAGGAUAAUCUUCUUAAUAACAGCCAUAAGAAUAGCCACAAUAAUAACAAUAGUAAUAAACUUAACAAUAAUAACAGCCAUAAUAAAAAUAUAAAUAAACAUAAUAAACAUAAUAAACAACAAAUCAAUCAAAUCUAGCGAAUAAAUUUUAGAGAAACAAAUGAAAAAUUAAUGCAUCA